GAAGUCUUUAUCCACAGGAUAUAUGAUCUCUGUGUCAGAUUCUUGAUUUUGAGUAGAAAAAAAUACUACUCCUACAAAUAAAAGUAGACUACUCCAUAUAUUAUCAGAAUGGGUAAUGCAGAUUAUGAGUACCCAUCAAUAAUGAAUGGAGAGAGCACAGGGACAGGCAUACAUCGAGUGGAAAUCCCACCACCACAACCUUUUUUCAAGUCAUUAAAGAAUACAGUGAAGGAAACUUUAUUUCCAGAUGAUCCCCUUAGGCAAUUCAAGAACCAAACACCCCUUAGAAAAUUCAUACUUGGUGUGCAGUAUUUCUUUCCAAUUUUUGAAUGGGGUUCUCGUUAUAAUUUUGGGUUCUUUAAAUCUGAUCUUAUUGCUGGAAUUACCAUAGCUAGUCUUGCUAUUCCUCAGGGAAUAAGCUAUGCAAAACUUGCCAACUUGCCACCUAUUCUUGGACUAUAUUCAAGCUUUGUUCCACCAUUAGUGUAUGCAGUAAUGGGCAGUUCAAGAGAUUUGGCAGUGGGCACAGUUGCUGUUGGAUCGCUUCUAAUGGCUUCUAUGAUAGGAAAUGAAGUUAAUGCAACUGAGAAUCCAGCACUUUAUCUUCAUCUUGCUUUUACUGCCACAUUCUUCGCUGGAUUAUUUGAAUUAGCUCUUGGAUUUUUCAGGCUGGGAUUUAUAGUGGAUUUUCUAUCACAUGCAACCAUAGUAGGAUUUAUGGGAGGAGCAGCUACAGUGGUGAUACUACAGCAGCUAAAGGGAAUACUUGGUCUUCAACAUUUUACUCAUGCCACAGAUGUUGUCUCUGUCUUACGUUCUGUCUUUACCCAAACUCACCAGUGGCGAUGGGAAAGUGCGGUGCUAGGAUUUUGUUUCCUUUUCUACCUGAUGAUGGCUAAAUUUUUUAGCCAAAAGAGACCGAAGCUGUUCUGGAUUUCAGCAAUGGCGCCAUUAACGUCUGUCAUAUUGGGAACUAUUCUCGUUUAUCUCACCCAUGCUGAAAAACACGGUGUUGCAGUGAUAGGGGAGCUGAAGAAAGGGUUAAAUCCUCCGUCAAUAAUGGAUCUGUCAUUUGGGUCAGCCUAUAUGACAACUGCUAUCAAAACAGGAAUAGUCACGGGUGUCAUUUCUCUUGCUGAAGGAAUAGCAGUAGGAAGAAGUUUUGCAAUGUUCAAGAAUUAUCAUAUAGAUGGAAACAAAGAGAUGAUUGCUUUUGGGAUGAUGAAUAUUGUUGGAUCCUGCACCUCCUGCUACCUCACUACUGGGCCAUUCUCGCGAUCAGCAGUGAACUUUAAUGCAGGAUGCAAAACUGCAGUAUCAAACAUCGUCAUGGCGUUGGCAGUCAUGGUGACAUUGUUGUUGCUAACGCCAUUGUUUCACUUCACUCCCCUCGUCGUCCUGUCCUCCAUCAUCAUCUCCGCCAUGCUCGGCCUCAUCGAUUAUAAUGCAGCCAUUCAUCUCUGGCAUGUCGACAAAUUCGACUUCUUGGUCUGUAUCAGUGCUUACAUUGGCGUUGUCUUUGCCAACAUUGAGAUUGGCUUAGUCUUAGCCGUAGGAUUAUCGUUGCUAAGGGUGUUACUUUUUAUAGCAAGGCCAAGGACGUUAGUACUUGGUAAUAUCCCAGAUUCUAUGAUAUACAGAAAUGUUGAGCAUUACCCAAAUACAAACAACGUCCCAGGCGUUCUCAUUCUUGAUAUUGGAGCCCCUAUUUACUUCGCUAAUUCUAGUUAUUUAAGAGAGAGGAUCUCAAGGUGGAUUGACGAAGAGGAAGACAAGUUAAAAUCUUCAGGAGAAACAACAUUGCAGUAUGUUAUACUUGAUAUGGGAGCUGUGGGAAAUAUUGAUACAAGUGGAAUUAGUAUGCUUGAAGAAGUCAAGAAAAAUCUUGAUAGAAGAGAUUUCAAGCUUGUGUUGGCAAAUCCAGGAGCAGAGGUGAUGAAAAAGUUGAACAAGUCCAAAUUCAUAGAGACAUUAGGACAAGAAUGGAUUUUCCUAACAGUAGGGGAAGCUGUGGGAGCAUGUAACUUCAUGCUUCAUUCCUGCAAACCAAAAUCUACAACAGAUGAUGCAUCCCAAAAAUGGAGCAACAAUGUGUGACUCUAAAUUAAUUGAUUGGUCUACUUUAUUCGUAGUAUUAUUGAACAGUAUUGUAGUGGUUCAUGUGUGCAUCUAAUUUGUAAAGAUGCAGCAUCACAUAUUGGCUUAAAGGAGCCAGAUUCUACUGCACUACUCUUCCUUAGAAAAAGCUAAAAGUGGCUUUAUUUCUUUUCCACCUUUUGUAAAAAUAAUAUGCUCUAAUUAAUAAAAGAAUGAAUGUCACCUGUGUACUGAUUGCUUCUCA